AUGCUGCUUUACACUACAAACUACGCACUAUUAGUAGUGCGCGUAGCCUACUACGCACUACGAACUACGUUCUACGGCGAUAUAAGGCUGGAGCACUUCGCUGUAAAGGCUUAUAGAGUGGCCCGGAGUACCGAUGGGUCGGGCCUCGAUGGAGGCUGCGAAGACGACGUCUCGCGGCUGACUCCAGGCCUGCAUCCAGAAACCACCUUCGACAUGAACGAUCUGCCGUCGAACACCUACACGUUGGACACUCGCAGAAUGCAAUUAUAUUCGCAUCCACACGUACAUCCCACGUUAGCCGUGAUGAUGACGUUAAGCAGCCCAGCUCCGCGCUAUCGCAACACUGAACUCGUGUUAUCAAAGAUGUCUUCGUCACCAUCCGUUACAUCACCGACCUUGUUUGUUUGA